UCUCUCACUCUUCAACAUUUCUCUCUCUCUCUCUCUCUCUCUCAAACCCACACACACACCAACCAUACACACACUCUCUCUCACUAACGCAUCGGAGAGAGAGAGAGAGUGACUGACUGACUGACUGACUGAUCGAUGAUGUCUUCCUCCGGCCCCGGCAGGUACCUUCCUUUCCCGCCGUCACCUUCUCAGUCAGCACCUCACCUCUCCGCUCUUCGUUCACCCGUUUCAUCCACCAUCGCUGAACAUGACAAAUAUCUAACUGAGUUAUUGGGAGAACGUCAGAAGAUGAGUCCCUUCAUGCCCGUGCUUCCGCACUGCUAUCGAUUAUUAAACCAAGAAAUUUUGCGUGUAACAACGAUCUUGGGGAAUGCAUCAGUUUUAGGUCAAAGUGGGCUUGAACAUGCUAGCCCCCUGGCUUCUGGAGGAAUGUUUUCAAAGGGAGGUCCUGAUGCGAAUGGAUGGGUAUCAAGAUUUCAAUCAGAAAUGCCAAGUCUGAUACAGGGAUCACCAACACCAAACUGGCUGAGUCCACAAGGUAGCUCGUCAGGUCUUCUUGUUAAGAAGACAAUCAGAGUGGAUAUACCUGUGGAGUCGUAUCCUAAUUUUAACUUUGUUGGUCGCCUCCUAGGCCCAAGAGGGAACUCUCUUAAGCGUGUAGAAGCAAACACCGAGUGUCGUGUCUUGAUCAGGGGCCGAGGUAGCAUCAAAGAUACAGCCAGGGAGGAAAUGAUGAGAGGAAAGCCUGGGUAUGAGCAUCUGAAUGAACCUCUCCAUAUUCUAGUCGAGGCAGAAUUACCGGCUGAAAUAAUAGAUGCUCGCCUGAUGCAGGCACGUGAUAUACUUGAAGAUUUGCUUAAGCCUGUGGAUGAAUCCCAUGAUUUCUAUAAGAAGCAGCAGCUUCGUGAACUUGCAAUGUUGAACGGCACUCUUCGCGAGGAGGGUUCUCCCAUGUCUGGUUCUGUUUCACCCUUCCAAAACAACAGCCUCGGAAUGAAAAGGGCCAAAACCAGGGGGUAAAUUCCCCUUAAAAGGGUGGAGUGAAAGGAUUUUGGAGCUUGUGUUAAUUUUCUACAACAGCAUUUACCAUUGUCACAGGUAAUGCUGUUAGCGCAAAUGCCCUAAACUGCGAUCGGGGCACUGGCACCAUAGGGUCAGUUUUAUGUGCAGUGUGUUUACAUUCGGGUUUAAAGAUGGUAGCACAUAUAGUACAGUAUAACGGUCGGUUUGAGUUUGGUGAAUUUGCUUUUUUCUUUUUGUUGGUUAGGCUGUUUGGUUAUAUAUUUAUUAAUUCUGUCUAUAUUAUUAAUAUUAUUGUUAUAUAUAUUUCAGCUUGCAUUGACAAUUUUGAUAUGUUUUUGCAAUAUAAUGUAUGGUUUGUACCAUUUUUGUGAGGUA